AUGGCAUCCACCUCGCCCCCUCCAUCCCGCGCCACACUCAGCAACAAGGCCCACAGAUACCGCAUACUCUCAAGCCUUCUCUCCCUACUAGACCGAUACCUCUCCUGGCCCCUUCCCCCAAGGCCAAGCAUCGACAUCGCCAUUCCCUCAAAAAUAAGCAAAGCUCCAGGAUCGAUCCAGCUCUACUUCUUCACAGCACCCUCAAACCCCCUCUCACCCCGUAAGCAAACAAAGCCAAUCCCGCCCCGCCCCGUCCUCAUAAAUUUCCACGGCGGUGGCUUCUCAAUCGGCCACGCUCUCGACGAUGCCCGCUGGGCUGGAUACGUGCUAAAAGCCUACCCAGACACAGUAGUGGUCAGCCUCGAUUACCGUCUAGCACCUGAACAUCCCUUCCCCGUCGCCCUGGAAGACGGCGUCGAUGCAAUACUAUGGCUAUGGCAACAAGCCCAGAAAUACAACCUUGACAAAACGCGCUUUGUGCUCAGCGGAUUCAGCGCAGGUGGUAACCUCGCUCUGGCAGUACCAUUCCGGCUUCAUGAGGAAUUACAGAAAAAGCGCUGGACAUCGCUACGCGGGGAGAUAGCAUUGGCUGGAUUGGUUGUAUUCUACCCCAGUACAGAUUGGACACGAACGCGGAUACAGCGCAAUGCUACGAAUCCUAUCGCCGCACAGAAAUCAAUGAUCUCCCCUUCGAUGUUCAAUUUCUUUGACAAUUCAUAUCUUGUCGCUGCGGGACUGCCGAAACGGCCUGGCACAGAUCGGGUGGAUAUGUCGCAUCCUUUUCUUUCACCUGGUCUGGCGCCUGCAUCUCUAUUGUCUGCGGCGUAUCCACAUGCUGUCGCGAUUUAUACUUGUGGGUGGGAUCAGUUGCUUGUUGAGGGGAAUACGUUUCGGGAAAGGCUUGGUGGGUUUGUUGAGGAAGGGAGGACGGCGAGUGUAGGUGGGUUUGUAGUUGAGGAUGUUGUGCAUGGGUUCGACAAGAAGCCGUCUUUUUGGAAGGGAAGUCAAAAGCGUGAGAGAAUGUAUGCGGAUGCUAUUAAACAGUUGAAGAUGAUGUGGAAGGUGGAUUGA